GGGAAAGAGAGAGGGUAGAGAGGGAUGGAGAGCGGGAGAGGGUUGAGGUAGAGAGGGAAAGAGACAGGGUGGAGUGCGAAAGAAAGACACAAGGAGGUUUUGUGAGUCUGGAUGUAUGCAGUAACGUGGUGGGACUGGGGGGGAAUGACAGUGGUACUGGGAUGACUCCCCACCAACACAGAGAAACUGGAGAGAACAAAACCGACAAUCACAACAACCCUCUAACCCACAACCCACCCAAAAUCCUGCCUGUCUCUGGCAAACUAGAGCAGAACAACUCGGGGCUGGUUCGUCCCUCUGCCUUCAAACCAGUGGUUCCCAAGAGCUUUCAUUCCAUGCAGAACCUCCUUGGCCCAACCAGUGGGAGUGGAGGUGAGGGUAGGGGUGGGGGGGGACAGAGAGAACGAGGAGCAGGGGGAGGAGAACUAGUGGCAGUCCCAGAGGCCCUCCUCCUAGACCAGGACAGCCCAGGGAGGGGCAGAUGCCUGGCAGAGGGAGCAGGAGGGGGUAAGGGUAACGGAGGGAUCCAUGGAGGGAUGUCAGAUUCGGGGAGGAACUCCCUGACCAGCCUGCCCACGUAUGCAGGCUCUGGUUUGGGCUAUGGGCCUCAAGAGGCCCUGGGGUCUCUCAGUGCUUCUACCAGCAAUAUCAACAGACUAGGGACCACAGCUGGAGCUGCAGUGGCUUUGGAAAAGCUGGAGCAACCAGGCUACCAGAACGGGCUGAGUGCCUCAUACAGUGACCGCUCCUCUUCAGUAAAGAGCUCCUCGUCCUAUCAGCAGCUGAACCACCUGGGGGACACCCCAGCACCCCAACAUCCCGCUCCUUCCUCCUCUGAUGUCAUCCAAGACCUGGAGAACCGGCUCUGGGAGAAGCAGCAAGAGGUGCAGCACAUGCGUCGUAACUUGGAGCAGAGCGAGGCCGCCAUCGUCCAGGUGUUUGAGGAGAAGCAGCGUGUGUGGGAGAGACAGAUGGAUGAGCUGGGGCAGAACUACGCCUCCCGUCUGCAGCAGAUGACCCGUCGCGCCCAGCGCUCCCAGAAUGCCCUGCAGGCCCAGAUCACCCAUCUGUCGCAGGACAAGCGACGUCUGCAGGAGGAGAUGGCUGCCCUGCUGGCCCAGAGAGAAGAUCUGGAGAGGAAGUGUCUGCACUUCAGGAUGGAACAGACUGACAUACUGCCACGCCUGGAUGAGACCAAGUGGGAGGUGUGUCAGAAAGCAGGGGAGAUCUCCCUGCUGAAGCAGCAGCUGAGGGAGAGCCAGGCAGAGGUGACCCAGCGGGCGGGGGAGAUGGUGGCCCUCAGGGGCCAGCUGAAGGAGGCCAAUGCCCAGCUUAGGGACCGAGAGGAGGCCAUGCUGGGCCUCAAGAACUCAUAUAGCUCCAAGAGCCUGGAGCUGGAGCGCUGCCAGGGAGAGCUGAGGAGGACGCUGACCGAGGUGUCUAUCCUGAGGGAGAAGCUGGGUGUGUUUGAGGCUGAGGUGCUGGGUCUUAAACAAGCUCUGUGGGAGAUGGGCGGAGGGGUUGAUCCUGCCAUAACCCAAACCCCAGGAGCUGUGGGGCUACUCCCACCCUGGGGGGCUCUCUACUGCCCCCACACCCCCCCAGAGCCCUCGUCCACCCCUCUCUCCCCCACCUCAGAUGCCCUGCUCAGCCUCCAGAGUGACGAGGCAAAAGCCCAGAGGCAAGAGGUGCAGAGACAAGAGAGGCAGCAGCGUGAAGAGGCCCAGUGGCGUGACAUGCAGCAGUGCCAGGAGGCCCACCAGCGCCUGAAAGCCCAUCUAUAUCAGGAGGCUCAUCUCCACCAGGAAGCCCAACUGCGCAAGGAACCUCGACUUCAUCAGUGGGCCCACUUGUGUCAGGAGGCCCACUUCCACCAGGAGGCCCAGCUUAAGUGCCAAGAGGCCCAGGUGGAAUCAGGGAACCUGCGUGAGCAGCUGGAUCAGCUCCAGGGGGCCUUACGUCUAGAACGUCAACAGAGAGAGCGCCAGACCCUUAGUUUCGACCAGGAACGACAUACCUGGAUUGACGAGAAGGAGCGUGUGCUGAAAUAUCAGGCACAGCUUCAGGUCAGCUAUGUGGAGACUCUACAGAAGAACCAGGCUCUGGAGCAACAGGUGGGACAGCUGGGGUCCAAACCCACCCCCACCCCCUCAUCCUCCAGCUCCCCUCCCCCACCACCGACCCUGUCAACCUUCCCUCCCCUGCCCUCAGUCCCUCUCCCUGCUCCCAUUGCCCUAACCCUCUCCCCACCACCUUGUGAGGACGUGAAAGGUUCCCCUUCCCUCCUCCAGCUGCCCACCCCCUGGGCCGGACCCUCACGUCUAGAGAGGAUAGAGUCCACUGAGAUUUAG